AUGGCGGCCGCCGCGGCCGCCGUGGCCGCCGAGGACCCCCGGCUGCAGGGCGAGCCCAUGGCCACGAGUCCGCAGGAUUGCGGAGACAAGCGAAAGCAGGAUGUCCUCGGAGGGUCCCUGUACGCGCUCCAGGAGCCGCUGCGGGGACAGCGGGACGCCGGACACGGCGACGGGGCCUUCAAGAAGCUCAAGCUGGAGCCGGACGGUGGCGGCGGGCCCCUGUCCAGCUGCGGCGCCCUGGCCUCGGCGUGCAGUCCCACGACGCCCGCCAGGCGUCGGCACCGCACCACCUUCAGCCAGGAGCAGCUGCAGGAGCUCGAGGCCGCCUUCGCCAAGAGUCACUACCCGGACAUCUACUGCAGGGAGGAGCUGGCCAGGAUCACCAAGCUCAACGAGGCGCGCAUACAGGUAUGGUUCCAGAACCGGCGCGCCAAGUACCGCAAGCAGGAGAAGCAGCUUCAGAAGGCCCUGUCCGCGCCGUCGGCGCUGCCCCCGGCGGCCUGCAACGGCAUGAUGCGCGGCGUGUACGGACCCCCGCGCACGGGGGCCUACGCGGCCUACGCGACGCACCCGCACCCGGCCGUGGCCCGCUACCCGACCUACGGCACUGCCCAGGGCUUCGGGCCCCAGACCGCCAUGGCGGGACCCCCCGAGGACGACUGGUACCAGCGGGGCUUCUCGGCACUGCGUGCGCCGCCCACGCCGGCCUCGGCGGCCGCCGCCUCCCAGCACCCGGUCUACCACAGCUAG